AUGGACACGAGCGACAGCCCAACCGUCGCCAUCAACGGCUGCACCUUCGUGGGCACCUUCCAGCACGAAUCGGCAAAGUACCCUCGGGCCCUGGAGUUCUUCUACGGAAUCCCCUAUGCCACCGCCCAGCGCUUCCGCCCCGCCGAGCCGCUGCCGCCGUCCGAGGCCUUGGGCGUAUACAGCGCCUCGCUGCCGGCGCAUAUACAGCCCAUUCCCAUGGCUCAGUUCCCGACGGCGGAGAGCCCGCUGACGCUCAACGUCUUUCGGCCUUCGGGAUCGACGUCGCCGUUGAGGUACCAGGUGGACGAUGCUGAACGCCAGGCCUUGAAGAACUUACCCGUGGUGGUGUACGUUCACGGCGGAGCCUUUAACUUUGGCUACCCGCUGGAGAGGGAUCUGGCGUCGUUUAUGGCCUGGAGCCGGCAGCCGAUUAUUGUUGCUAGCAUCUCGUACCGUCUGGGGGCGCUGGGAUUCUUGGCUGGGGCCUCGGAAACGCAAGAGCUCAACCUGGGGCUCAAGGACCAGAGGCUGGCCCUGGAGUGGUUGAGGGAGAAUAUUGGUUACUUUGGGGGGGAUGCUGAUAACAUCACGCUAUUGGGAGCGAGUGCUGGUGCACAUUCAAGCAGAAGAGUACUGACAUAUUUCCUCGCCCCCCCUCUUCAGGUCGGCCAUCACAUGCUCAAUCCUUCUCCGUUUCCCUUUCACAAGGCUAUCCUCGAGUCUGGUUCACCGACCGCACGCUCCGUCCUUUCACCUCUACAUGCUCGCACAGUGAGCCAAAUGCUCCAGCUUCAAGCAUAUGCCUUGAACCAGCCGCUUGAGUCUCUCCCUGUCGAUUCCGUCAUCGAUGCUAGUUUUGCUCUCUACGCCAUGAAUCAUACAGCUGUGACAUGGCCCUUCCAGCCUGUCAUUGAUGGCCCCAACGGCGUCAUUCCCGAUCUGCCCCUGAAUCUGUGGCGCCAGUUCGUCGACUCGGGCCGAGCAAAAGACAUGUCUAUCAUCACCGGCUUCUGCUCCCACGAGGGCACAACAUUUGCCCCCCAGCAUGCUUCCACCAGCGCCGAAUUUCGCGCCUUUUUCCAAAAGCUCAUCCCUUCACUUUCAGCAGACGACCUGGACGCCCUCGAGCUGCUGUAUCCGGAUCCCCACAUCCACCCAGACUCGCCCUAUCGCCAGCCCCCCGGCAUAGGCGGUCCUCAGAAGCGGUCUUACGGCGCACAGUUCCGCCGCAUCCACCAAGCUUACGGCCACUACGCGUAUAUUUGCCCUGUCCUUCACACGGCACACACAUUAUCUCGAGCAGGUGCCCGCGUGUAUCUCUACGAGUACGCUCCUCUUUCGGCGCCAUUCACUGCGGCCUCUCAUGGCGACCAGACAUCCGCCGUAACGCUUGAAAUGAACGCACUGGAGGCGACGCCAGGCCUAAAGGCCAUGGCCAAGGAGAUGAACUACCGCUGGACAUCAUUCUGUGCAUCGCCCACUGGGACACUCAAUGGAGAUGAUGAGCAGGAAGCCUGGCCAGUGUUUCGAAGCCCUCUGGGAGACGAUGGCUCUGCCGCAGCUCUGUCUGGAGCAGGGAUUGGUGAACUGCUCGUCUUUGGAGAGGGCAACGACGAAGCAGCUGGAGGGAAAAGUCUAGGCACGCCGGUCAAGACGAGGAAACUCACAGACAGGGAGCUGGAGCAGUGCCGCUUCUGGUGGGACCGCAUGGAGUUGAGCCAGGGGAUGGGUGAGCGAGGCACUGCGUCGGCUUGGCUAAAGGCAUGA